GGUAGGUAUGUACGUGCCAGGAAUUCAAUGCACUCCAUAUAUUCCCAUGCCGCCCCUCCCCUCUUCCCCCCCUAUCAUACCUACCUACUAUCAAUCCAUCACGCUGUUGUUGUUUGUCGGUGCGACCCGAUGCAGUACGGUACGAUACCCUUUCUUUCCCCUUUCCUUUCUGCGCCGCAUCGCUUCCCCCCCUUACACAUAAUAUAUAUAUUUUUUUCUUAUAUGCCUACCUUAUAUACCUCCUAUAUAUUAUACCUGGUACCCAUACAUCGAGUAGCAACAGCUGGACCUAGCUCCAGCAAUCUUGGCCGUAGUCACACCACGGUCCCGAUGACAGAAAGCAGUCGUAAAUUCAUCUCAAUCCGACCACUACCUGGUUUAGGUAUUUCAAUAGCCAAUGCGCGCAAAUUCUUUUUUUUAUUCCUUCGCGCGGCGCCAAUGCUAUAUCACCUACCUUGGUACAAUAGGUAUCUCUCACCGCUUGACGUAUAUACCCAGACCGAUUACGUCCUUACUACACGAAAGACCGCCAGCUCCGAUGCCUCCUAUAUUCCCUUGCCGCCCUGUUUUCUCCUCGACAGAUAAAAGCUCUUCUAUUACGCACAAAACGGAAAUGUGUAACUAGAACUGGGACACAAAUGCAACAGAUUCACGAAAAAAACAAAAACAAACAAAAAAAAACCCGGUAGACCUAAAAUAGUAUAUGUUGUGCUUGUGCUUGUAUAUAUACAUAUUCCUAUAUCCUCCGCUCCCCUCCGCG